AUGCUACCUAGACAUAAACUUCUUGUUCUUCUAUCUUUCCUCAGCUCUAGCUCCCUUGCUGAUAACUGGUCAAGUUUAGGUUGUUACAAAAGUUCAUCUUUAUCGAAUCUAGAAUCCAAAGGUUAUUAUAUAUGGCAAUCAUCAGGUCAUUGUGAGCAAGAAUGUUCAGGAAAAAGAAUAGCAGCUCUUAUUAAUGGUAGUCAAUGUUAUUGUGGUGAUUCUGAUCCUUCACUGGAUUCAGAUGAUGAUUCAAAUUGUGAUACUUCUUGUCAAGGAUAUGGUACGGAAAAGUGUGGUGGAAGUGGAUAUUACACCGUCUAUGUCAAUGCAGAUGUUGAUAGUGAAGACGUUCAACUGAGUAGUAGCUCGAGUCUGUCACUGACUAGUACAUCAUCCACAUCGUCAUCUUCAACUUCAUCAAGCACAUCUUCAUCCAGUUCUUCAUCCUCGUCGUCACAACAACAACAAACUAGUACUAUAAAGGAAACAACCACCGCACGACCAUCAACUUCAUCUGAUGACGAAACUUCUGAAACAUCAGCCACUUCUUCACAAGAACCAGAAACAACAAUACAAGUAGCGUCUUCAGUACAACCAACAACUAUUGUAUCUACAGUCAUAAACUCGGCGGACACUAAACUGCAAUCAGUGAUUUAUAGAACAGUUAUUGAAUCACCAUCAUCACAAUCAUCGCCAUCAACCACUUCAUCGCCAUCAUCCACAUCAACUUCAAACACAUCGUCACAAGCGCUUGAUGCAUCACGAACUGCAUCAUCGAUACCUUCAGCUUCAUCAUCAGAAGCUUCAAAUUCAAACAAGGACAAGGGAACUUCUGGAGGUGUCAUUGCUGGUGCCGUGGUUGGAUCAGUAGCAGGUGUGGCUGUCAUUGCUGGGUUACUUUUUGCGUUUUGUUGGUUCAGACGUAGAAAACAAGAUGACGACGAUGUUGAUGAUCAAUUUACACUAUCCGGACCUAAAGCAGAAAUGUCAGAAGUUGGUACGCCAUCACCACCACCAACUCUGGAUCCUAAUCCAUUCUUAUUAGCUAGUGGUUACAACUACUUUGAUACCUCACAACAACAACAAUUUCCCAACGGUCCAGGAAGAUCACCCUCACUUCAACAAACUCCAAGACAAUACAACAAUAAUACCCCAUUCCAUGGAUCGUCUCACGGUGGGAGUGGAAAUAGUGCAACGGGAGUAUUUGGCCACAAACCAAAUUCAAGUUCAAGUGGAACCAGCGGUGGUGGAGGUGACCACUCACUAGGGUCACAUCAAGAUGAUUUCGCCUUUUACGAUUAUAAUAAUGGAGGAGAUGGAAGCCUACAUCAUAAUAAUAGUCUAUCACAACCAAAUGCACCGUCAUCAUCACAACAACAGCAACAACAACAACAACCAUCGACUCAUCAAUUCCAAUUCCUUAAUGCAAACUCACCAGAACCAGAAUUCGGUAGGAGGAAAUUGAGUAACGGGUCGCUACCUGAUAUGAUAGCUAGAGAACCAGGAUCAUUGAAGGUGGUUAAUAAUUGA